CAAACUUUUUGAUUGGCGCUCUUUCUUCAUUCGGUUGUUCUUCAAUUUACAGAAAAUGGCUUCCGAAGAGUUGGUGACUGAGCAAUUUCAACUUUUGGGCAUAGAUGUUGAAAAGGAAGUUGCAACAAAAUGUGCUAGUUUAUGUGAAGAAAACUGUGUUGAUGCGGAAACAUUAACAGAAAAAUGGGUAGCAUUCAGCUUGAAUCAUUUGAACGGUGCAUCGCCAACUUUAGAGAACCUAGAACUUCUUGCUCGAAAGGAAUUUUCCAAGCGAGCGGUGGAGCGGCCCAACGCUCCCGCAAAAGAAGCCUCCCGGAGCAUCGGUUCGAGUUUGACAGUUUACGGAGCGCCGGUUACAAAUCAAUCAGAUAACACUGUCCUGUCUAAUUAUAUGGCUGCAACUCCUAAGGGAGUAAAAGUAGAACCAGAUUCAGGUGCAGCUUCUACUGAAUUGGCCCCCGUCACAUUCUCCCCGACAAUAGAGAAAUCGGCUAAGUAUGCUUCGAGAGGGAACCAGGGUACUGUUGUCCACUCAUAUGGGGAUGAAAAGGUUUUAGAAGAUAUAUCACACACAAACAGUCUCACUGAUGUUCUGAAUCUCACCUUCUCACAGAUCCCAAAUGCAGAUGGCGAAGUUUAUGCUAGGGCAAUGUUUGGCUUUGAACUGCUCCACGAGAAAGCAAGUGUAUAUGACAACCAUAUACAAUUAUUAUCCCAAUAUAUAAUGGAAAAAGCGGGCAUCACAAAUACUGAAUCAACUAGGCAUAAAACACAGACAGAUGUGUGGGUGGCCGGUCAAAUACAAUGCGACGCGGAUGCUAGGCUCAAUCCAAAGUCUGUGGUGCUCCAGGGCACAUGGGAGGAGUCACUAAGCCAAUCAGUACCCGUCGACCUUGACGAGCUAAAACAGUACUCCCUGUUUCCUGGCCAAGUGGUUUUGAUGCGCGGUAUAAAUCCACGCGGUGACAAGUUCAUAGCGCGCGAAGUGUUGUGCGACGGAUCCACUCCUCCGCCCGACCCUCAAUUAUGGGAUACUUUAGAAGGUAAAUUAUCAAUGGUGAUAGCAGCCGGCCCAUACACAACAUCAGAUAAUCUACUGUAUGAACCUCUGAAGGAUCUCGUCUUGUACAUCGCCGAGCACAAGCCCCAUGUCGUAAUACUUACGGGGCCUUUCUUAGACUCUGAACAUUCCAAAGUAAAGGAUAACUCUAUAGCUGAGACAUACAAAUCUUUUUUCGAGAAGCUUGUGGACAGUUUAGCUGAACUGCAGAGUUCUACACCAAACACACACAUCUUCAUAGUGUCAAGCCUGAAGGACGCGUUUCACGUGAACAUAUUCCCCACGCCUCCGUACUCCACGCGCCGCAAGCAUCCCAACAUACAUUUUGUGCCGGACCCGUGCAAUCUGAAAAUCAAUGGCGUGAUCGUAGCCGUCACUAGCACGGAUGUUUUGAUGCAUAUCAGCCAGGAAGAGAUAUCUUUGGGCACAACCGGCGACAAGCAGUCUCGCCUCGCGGCGCACAUCCUGUGGCAGCGCGGCCACUACCCGCUGCUGGGCGCCGCGCUCAGCGCCGACGCCAUGCUGUGGUCGGUGCACGCGCAGCUCAAUGUCACGCCGCAUGUGCUCGUGCUGCCGUCUAACUUCAGAUACUUUAUCAAGGAAGUGGAAGGCUGCGUGAUAAUGAAUCCUGAGCACCUGACGAAAGGCCUCACUGGUGGCACCUUCGCCAGACUUCUCAUUACUGGCGACGGUGAUAGUCUAAAAAUCGGGGCACAAAUUGUACGCAUUUAAAUAGGAAUUAUAAAUAGGAAUUAAACAGUAUUUUUGCAUUA